CCCACAUUUUGGCCCGCUGUUGCGUUGAUGUCCGCUCGAAGCUCAGCAGUGCUCGCCCGAAGCUUGAAAGAGUCACACAGCACUGUCAUCAGUCGAGGCUGCAGCUGCUUAACUUCACCCCUUGCCCACACCGCAUUCAACAGCUCACCCUUCACUCGUGCCUACACCACACACUCCACAAUGGCGCCCACAACCUCUACCCGUGCAAUUGUCAUAUCAGGCCCCUCGGGCGCAGGAAAGUCAACCAUCCUCAAGCGCCUCUUUGAAGAGUACCCCGACCGCUUCGGCUUCAGCGUGUCCCACACCACACGUAACCCUCGCGGCGGAGAGAAGGACGGCAUCGAGUACCACUUUGUGACCAAGGAGCAAUUCAACGACCUUGUGGAGAGGAAGGGAUUCGUCGAGCACGCGACCUUUGGAAGCAACAGCUAUGGCACCAGCAUUGCGGCGAUAGAGGAGAUUGAGAAGAAGGGAAGAACGUGCAUCUUGGAUAUUGAGAUGGAGGGCGUCAAGCAGGUUGCAAACCACCCCACAUUCCCUCGUCCAAGGUUCCUGUUCCUCUCGCCACCGAGCAUGGACAUCCUCGAGAAGCGACUCAGGGGCCGUGCUACAGACAAGGAGGCAGACAUCCUCAAGAGGCUCAACCAGGCCAAGGUCGAGAUGGAGUUUGCCAAGAGCCCUGAGGCGCCGCACGACAAGAUCGUUGUCAACGACGAUCUUGACAAGGCGUACCAGGAGGCCAAGGCCUUCAUCGUUGGCGAGGAUGCAUAGAAGGGACUGUAAGGCAGCACGACAUAGAGCAAUGAUACCACAACACAAUAGAAAGCAAGUGCAGAUUCAAAAGACAUCCUUCUUGGAGAUGGGCUACAUAUCUAGCUAA